AUGUACGGGUUGCACAGACCGUUCGCCGUGGGCUUCGACUCACAACUUCAAAUGGGCCCCCCUGGCGGGCUUCCGGUGCCCGGUACAGCGCCUCGAUCCUAUCAGUCGUACUCUCAUCCUAUGUCUAUGCCCCAUGCUCGACCAUGGUCUGAGGGUUUCUCGCCAAUGCCGGUUCCGCCUCCUGUUCCACCAAACCCUCUUGCUAUGCAAUAUGCCCAACCCAGCUUGUAUCCCGGGCAGACGUCGGAAAACGAGCUGGGUCAGGGGCAGAGUGGCGUAGCCCUGGAAUCAGAUGUACAGCCACAUAUUGUCUAUCCACCACAUCAUCCAGUCCCUCCCAUGAACCAAUUUCCCGGAUCCUUAUCCACGCCUCUGCAGACCAGUCCCCAUCCUCUACCGCCGUUCCGCCGGCCCCAAUAUCACUCUGUGUCUGGAACCCCUCCACGAGUCCCGCGCCCCUCCCUCCAUGGCCCGCCACCCUAUUAUGUCGACCCAUCUGGGCCUCCAGCACACACGCAUCGCAGAUCGGGCCAUUCUAGGGCACGCCGGUCUGUAAAUAGCCGUUUGACAGCUGCAGAUAUGAAUAGAGAUAUAGAGGAGAACGGGACACAUGAUACUAGUGGCCCUAGAUCGGACCGAGACCGAGUAAUAAACCAGUUGCAGGGCGCUGUGGGAACUGCCAACGGGGCCACAACUGAGCAGAGAACUCAUACCUUGGCGGAAAAGAUGACAGUGAAAUCUUCGCGUUCUCUUUUGCAGAAAGUCGAGAUUCAAGAAUUGCCGGAGAAUGAGAGAACUUGCGUUAUUUGCUACAAUGACUACGGCGCAAAAACUCCCGAGGGAAUUAACGAGGAACCUCUGCGGCUGCCAAAAUGCAAACACGUCUUUGGGAACCACUGCCUCGCAAGGUGGUUUGAGGAUUCUGAUAGCUGUCCAUACUGUCGUGACAAGCUAGAGCUGCCGCCUAAGCAUCCGGAGCGCGUCGUCAAUCAGUUUUUUACGGCUAUGAUGAGUGCUCGUCAUCAACUUCCUCCUGGAGCAACGGAAGAGAUGUAUCUGAGGCUCAUGUCCAACCUUGUAUCUGCUGAGGGCCUUGGUGGAAGUCAAGAGCUUGCUAUGGAAAGGCGUCCGUUUCAUGCGACUGGUGACUCAGAUUCAUCUUCUUAUGACGGCGAAACCGCGUCAUCGGCCUCGUCGAGGGCAACGACUGCAACCUCGCCGAUUCGGAAUGCCCAAAGAGAUAACGCAAGAAAUUCUCAGUGGCUGCCUCGAGCGCCCCAACAACGAGGCGCACAUCCUCCUAUGAGCCAGGAGAGGGAAGUUCCUCGGCAUCGGAGGUAUCGACCAUCACGUGGUAAUGCAUGGGCGGUGACAGCCAAUGCGGACAGUGAUCCAUUAGAGCCAGCUCUUUCACCUUUACAGGCCCAACAACCAGAUGAGGGGGCCUCAUCAAGUUCGACGAUGCCCACUGACAAUGGUGAAAACACGGCAGAUGCCCAACCUCAGCCAACAAAUACUUCGGUGGCGUCCGCAGUACAGAACAGGAUUCGGCCAUGGUGA